GUACAGACUAGCUAUUACGCAACAGUAAAUACAAAUGCGAAACCGUUUGUAGCUGCAUAGCUGACUACUUGUUUUGGGUUUCACGUUUUUAAUUUUAUUAUCACAGUUAGUUUUCCAACAAUAAGGACGGAAGGCUCUAAAAUGUUUCCCCGUUUAUUAAUUCAGUCACGUGACCCCUGCGGAAGUUUUUUUGUUGGAUUUGUAUUUAACCAGUGCUACAAAACAAGCGUGAGAAAAUGUCACCCGCCAGAGCCUCACAAGAAAACACUCUAAAUUUUUUAGAAUCUACGCUGGGUAUUUUAAAGAUAGAGUAAAGAAGAUCCAGUCCUUUCUGAGGGCGGUGAUGCUGAAGCUGGCGACGAACUGAUCGCCUCGUUUUUUCUGCACCGAAGUGUUCCAGAACCGCGUCAUGGCCUCGGGGGUGGACUCGCAGUCUGUGUCUGAGUGGCUGACAGUGCUGCGUCUGGAGCAGUACAUCCAUGCCUUCCAGGGCAUCGGCUACGACACGCUGUCCGAGUGCCGUGGCCUGACCCCUUGUGACCUCGAGCAGGUGGGGGUUGUCCUGCCAGGCCACCAGAAGCGCAUCCUGGCCAGCCUGCAGAAAAUGUUCUCAGAGGGACAGGAGGGGGACAAACCCGUCCCCAAGGGAAGGACCAAGUUUCGCUGCCCCCCCAGCAGCCGUGACGGCCCUGAGACCCCGGUGCCAGCGCAGAUCUGUAGCUCCAGUCUUUGCCCUUCUAACGUUCAGGACAAGCCCCCUCCGCCUAUCCCUCCCAGGGUGACUCCAAACCGUCCCCCGGUCAAGUUUACCCCGUCCCCUGCACCCCGGACACGUCCAGAGACCUUGCCACUGAAGCCCCAAGAACAGGAGCAGCACCAGCAGGGUGGCAGGAAGCCAUCCCCCAUGUCCCCGUACCCAUCCCCGUCCUCUUCCUCUUCGUCUUCCUCUUCCUCGUCAUCCAUCUCGGAGCAAUUCCACCUUUAUGAGCAGUGCUCAGCCCAGGGUCAGACGGACAAGGGUGUGCCCCCCCUGCCGCCCAAGUGUUAUGCUGUGGGAGCUCCAAAAGAGCCCCGUGGACCCCCUCCGGUGCCCCGACGGCCCCCCGUCCCAGCUCCCAGAGUCAACAUGGCCAAGACUCCGCCCCCACCAAGCGUUUCUCCAGUCCAUGAACCUCAGGAGCCAGGAGAGAAAGUCCCGGACGUCCCACCCCGGACCAAGAUCACCUGCCAGCCCUGCGUCCUGCCUGUCUUGCCCAAGAGGAUUGUCCCACAGCCCACACCUGAAAUCAGAUCUGCCUCCAUUGACAGCUGUGAGGACUAUGAGGAGCCGGAGCCAUUGUUCAGCCCCGUGUUUGAGCCUAUAGACAUGGCAGAGAAGGACGAAUUCCUGCCCGUGCCGAGGUUGGAGCAGCGGCGCUUCAACAGUCUCUGUAGUGAUGAUGAGCUCCUGGACGACGAGGGUGAUACGCAGUAUGAAUCAAUAACCAGCAACCGGAGGCCUGUGCAGGAUUAUGGGCUGAGCACACUCCAGGAGAGCAUCUACCUUCCCUCAGUGGGCAGGGUCCCCUCCCAUGCGACCCGACACGAUCCCACCCCUCAUCUCUCCCCUGUCAUCAAAAUGGGCUGGUUGGACAAGAACCCGCCUCAGGGGUCCCUGAUAUACCAGAAGCGCUGGGUGAAGCUGGACGCAGACUAUCUGAGAUACUUUGACAAUGAUAAGGAGAUCUACUCAAAGAGGAUCAUACCAACGUCCUCAAUCACCAGCAUUUCCAACAUUGGGGACCAGAAAUUCGAGGUGGUGACACACAACAGGACAUUUGUCUUCCGGGCUGAGAGUGACUCGGAGAGGAACGAGUGGGUGUCGGUCCUGCAGGAGGUGACCAGAGAGCAGCGCAGCAGCAGGGAGCUGUCAGUUCACCCCAGCACCUCCACAGCGGAGAUGCAGGGCUACCUGGAGCUCCGAGGCCUGCGCCACAAGCUCUACGUGGUCGUCUGCGGGGACAAGGUCUACCUCUACAAGAACAUGGAGGACUACAGGCUGGGCAUUGGCAUCACAUCCAUUGACAUGAACGUGGGCAAUGUAAAGGACACGGACAGGAGGGCGUUUGACCUUACCACGCCCUACAGAAUAUUCAGCUUUGUUGCAGAGUCUGACCAGCAGAAGGAGGAGUGGGUUGAGGCCAUGACGAACUCCAUCGGGGAGGCCCUGUCCAACUAUGAGGUGGCCGAGAAGAUCUGGUCUGAAGAGUCCAACGGAUUCUGCGCCGACUGCGGCGCUGCCAAACCCGAGUGGGCUGCCAUCAACCUAUGUGUGGUGUUCUGUAAACGCUGUGCAGGGGAGCAUCGUGGACUUGGACCUAGCAUCUCUAAAGUACGGAGUCUAAAAAUGGACAAAAAAGUGUGGACAGAUGAGCUUAUUCAGCUGUUCCUGUUGCUAGGUAACGAGCGAGCGAACCUCUUCUGGGCAGCAAAUGUCCCCCCAAGCGAGGCCCUGUCUCCGGCCAGCUGCAGCGAAGAGCGAAGGCGAUUCAUCACUGCGAAGUACCGCGAGGGAAAGUACCGGCGCUACCAUCAGCUCUUUGGCAAUCAGCAGGAGCUUGAUAACGCCCUGUGCAUUAACAUCCAGUCCAAUGAUGUGCUGGAGACGCUAUCCCUCGUGUUCUGCGGGGCCAAUGUGAACUGUGACACGGGAAACCCAGAAUUCCCCUCUCCCAUUCUCCUGGCCCAGAGCUACAACCAGAAACUGCAGGUGGAGUUUCUCAGCCAGAACCGCAACACUGAGAUUCCAAGGUCAGAAGUUGGAGGUCACAUGGACACAGUGCACUACAUGGCCCCUCCCUCCAUCACACACAAUGGGUUUCUCUUCAAAACCGCUUCCAUGGGACGGCCAAUCACGGAGCGGAAAGCCAAAGAAGAGUUUAGUCGGCGUUGGUGCACUUUGAACGAUGGGAACUUUAACUACUAUGAGAGCGACAAGAAUUCCACCCCCAAUGGAGGGCUGAAGAUGAAGGAAAUUGUCUGUCUCGUGGUCAAUCCUCCCGAAAAACACGGAUAUGACCACACAUUUGAGAUCUACUCAGACUCUGAGCGACUCUACCUGUUUGGAACAGACAAUCCAGACACCAUGAGGGAGUGGGUGAAAUCCAUUGCCAAGUCCUUCAUCCCGUCCAGCGCGGAGGACCUGCUGAAUCGGGACUUUGAGCGGAUCGGCAGACUGCGCUACAAGGAUGGGCUGAACCUGCAGAGCUCCCGGGUGGGCUGGUUCGCCCUGGUGGGCUCCACGCUGUGCGCCUUCUUCGAGGAUGGCGAGGGCGAGGAGGCCAUUCACCUGCGCAAGCUGCAGGAGCUCUCAAUCCAACAGGAGAAUGAAGUACUUGUUUUGGUGGAGAGAGGGAGGACCUUGUACAUCGAGGGUGAGCGGAAGCUGGACUUCCUGGGCUGGUCAGCCGCCAUCCAGCGGGCGGCCGGGAGCUCGGGCGACACCCUGUGCCAGCAGCAGCUGACGGAGGCGGACAUCCCCGUCAUAGUGGACCGCUGCAUCGACUACAUCACGCAGUGCGGCCUGACGUCUGAGGGGAUCUACCGGAAGAGUGGUGUGAACUCCAAGAUCGCCGCCCUGCUGGAAACAUUUCGGCGAGACGCACGCAGCGUGAGGCUGAAGGAAGGGGAGCACCAGGUGGAUGACGUGUCAAAUGUGCUGAAGAGGUUUUUCAGAGAUGUGGAGGAAGGAAUCUUCACCUGCGAGGCCACGCCCCUGUGGCUCAGCACAACAUCUAUUGGGGACGAGGGCAAAAAAAUAGCCCAGUACCAGUGCCUUUUCAACAGUCUGCCCAGAGUCAACAAGGCCACUCUGCGAGCCCUCGUCAAUCACCUCUACUGCGUCCAGCGAUUUGCGGACAUGAACCAGAUGAACCUUCACAACCUGGCAAUCGUGUUCGGCCCUACCCUCUUUCAAACGGACGGCAAGGACUACAACGCUGGCCGAGUCAUUGAGGAGCUAAUCGAACACUACGUGGCGAUCUUUAAUGUGAAUGAGCAGCAGCUGAAAAAACAGCUCGAUGAGAUCACAGUCAUCAUUAAGGUUCGGGAGAACUUGAACGCCAAGGUCCCGUCCACUGGCUCAGGGGACUUCAUCUGUACUGUUUACCUAGAGGAGAAGAAGGAAACUGCUGAGCAGCAUGUGAAGAUCCCCGCCACCAUGACUGCGGCCGAGCUCACCUUCGAGAUCCUGGACCGUCGGAAAAUUUCCCUGCGUGACAAGGACUACUGGUGCUGCUUUGAGGUGAACGAGAAGGAAGAAACAGAACGUCCGCUGCACUACCAGGAAAAAGUGCUGCCUAUUCUUCACUCGCUGGGUACGGACAGCUACCUGGUGGUUAAGAAGCACUUCUCCAUGGAGGCCAUGCUGGUAUACCUGGCCAGUAAAGUGGACGUUUCCAAGCACGGCAUGAUGAAGUUCCGUGAAGAGAGGAACCUGCUUGGACUGGGCCUCAGCACUGGCAGCUUCCAUGACCGCUACUUCAUCCUCACCAGCACCUCCCUCAGGCUUUACAAGGAAGUGCGGAAUCUUCAAAAGCUUCAGAUUCCUGAGAUACAGUGUAGCAACCGGCCGGAGAAGGAGUGGCCAGUUAAGUCCCUGACGGUCUAUCAGGGUAUCAAGAAGAAGCUGCGUCCUCCCACAUGCUGGGGGCUGACUGUGGUUUAUGAAAAUGAGAAACAUGAGAAGCACGAGAGGCAGCAGUGGUACCUGUGCUGUGACACACAGACUGAGAUGAGGGAGUGGUUUGCCACGUUUUUAAGCAUCCAGCACGAUGGCAGCGUGUGGCCGGCUGAGACUAUAAAAAUGCGGGCGAGCCGGGUGGUGCCCCUGGAUGCCAGGUUGGGUAACAUCUCCCUAAUCCCGCUGCGAGGCAGUGAGAACGAGAUGAGGAACAGCGUUGCCGCUUUUACUGCUGACCCGCUUGCUCUUUUCAGAAAUGUAUGAUAAUACAGCCUGAUGGUAAGGGCAGUGACCAGCAGAGGGCAGCCUUGUGUAGGACGGCCACGUGAAAGUCAAGAACUGUUUCUUCGUAGAACAUUCCAGCACCUCCUGAUCACAGGGACUGUACGAACCAGACCAUGACUUACCGAGUUACAUACAUUCCCCCCAACCUACCCCCAACAGACCCAGGAACUUGGACUGUAGCAGACAGGGGUACAGCUUGGGGUCCCACAGCCCCUUCAUCUUGGAACCAGCUACGGGGCUGCGGUUUGGACAUAAACAAUCAACCCAGCCGUAUUCAUCAUCACACACCCUGCAUGGACUCCUCUCUCGGCCUGUGCGUUUUCCUACCGGUUCAGACUCAGGUGAACACAAAAUGACUUCUGAGAAUGGAGAAAAAAAGGCCCCACUCCUUCCGCUCUCUCCUGUCUUUGGUGGAUCACGACAUACCUGAACCUCACCGUCCUGCUGAAGAUGUGAGUUUGUAUGUGGACUGGAACCAGUUUAAGGUGAAACCGUGCUCAGACACGGUUGAGCGGGGACUGACCGUGACCGUCGUCGGCUCUGUAAAGGACUGUAAGGGCUCGUGUCUCUGCUGAGCCGUUUCUGUGCAGUUGCCUUUCUCUUCACCCAGACAUUUAGAGUGUCAGUCAGACCAAACUUGUAACAUUUCAGACCAAACAUAACAUUUCAUACUGCUCAAAUCAAGAUUAUGAACUGCAGUAUUCUAAGGUGCUUGGCUGAAUUUUUGUUUUUCUAAAGGCAAUUAAUGUUUAUAGGUAUCGUUGUAAUUAAUGAAAAUAAACACUUAAGGUUGGCUCGGUAGAAGAGUUAACGGCUUUAGUAUUUGAUUGCACCAAUUACUAAUUUUUAAGGUCUAAACAAUUGUAUAUUAUUUUGACAAAGGGUAGCUGUCUCCUAGCUCAGUGCUCUUUUUUUCCCUUGUCUUCAUCUUAACCAGGUUUAUCCAAAGCCUGAUUUGCUUUUCAGUUUAAUGCAAUGUUUUUAAAGACUUCUUGAAUUAUUUAUUGUGCAACAGCGGGAUAUCAAUCAUCUUCCUAGUAGGCAGUGGCAAUUGAUAGAUUAUCAUAUCAAAAUGUGCAGAACUUUGUUUUAAAGCAAUCGCAGUUCACCCAUUGUAGAUUCAGCUUCCGAUGUUAUCAGGACUGUAAGCUCUACAACUAGGAAGGGAGGAAAAAUCUGAGUCUAUUGCAGAUUGUCUCACCAUUUAAUGUUCCUCUGCAGACUAAUAAAUAUUAGAGCAGGAGAAAUUAAGAAAUAAAGCCUUUUGAAGAUCA